GUGGCUCGUCCGUGUUGCCCACGCCGGACCCUACACUCUCUCCCCUCAGCUCCGUAUAAACUCUCUUCGCCGCCCACAUAUUGAUCCGAAACUCGAGUAGAACACUUUUGGGCGCGCACUUCGGCUACUCCAACCGGGUCCAUUCUCAAUACCCCACUCGAGAAGCCGAGCUCGAAUCGAGAGGCUCGACGUCGCCGAGAAUGCUCGAAGGGAAAGCGGUGAUCGGCGAGACGGACAUGUUUCGGGCCAUGCAGCAGCACGCGCUGGAUUUGGCUUCCAAGGCUCUCGACCACUACGACGUCACGGAAGCCACCGACAUCGCCCGCUUCAUCAAGCAGGAGUUCGACAGGACGUACGGGCCGGGAUGGCAGUGCAUAGUGGGGACGGACUUCGGGUCCUUCGUGACGCACCGGUUCGGGUGUUUCAUCUACUUCUGCAUCGGAAGCCUGGCCAUCCUGUUGUUCCGGGGUUCUGCAGGAGCUGACGCGCCUGAUGCGAACCAGUUCGUGACCAGCAUAGAGAGCGCCAAAGCUUAGCUCUGGGCAUUUUCUAUUCUCUUCUUUUUGGGCAUCCUGACGUUUCUCGUGUCCUUCCGGGGGUUGUACAAAAAUAAAUUUGUUUUUGUUGUUUCCGUAUAUUCAUCGACUCCAUAUUAAUUCCAGGAUUCUUGUCCCA